GAAACUUCGGCGUGAAGUGCAGCUCGCUGUCUCCAGCUUUCUUUCCUUCCCUGGAACCGGAGGCGCGGAUCUUCGUCACUCGGCUGCCAUAGUUUCUUCUGCAUCUCGCCUAAAGCUUUUCCAGAGUGCGGGGAUCUGCUCAGGGGUGCACUUCAGCCUCGUAAUGGGGCAAAGCGAGGCACCAUAGGACUGGAGAGACAGCGCGAGGGUGGCAUUGCCCCGGGACGGCGGUCACAGGGCGCAGGCGGGUUUCCGCGCUGGCUCUGCGGUUGUAGUGGCUGCGUGCGCGCCACACCACCUAGCUUCUUGCAGCAAUGGCUCGUCCAUGAAUCGCGAGGUGAGUCUGGCUCAUUUUUGGAGUGUUUGCAUCCUUCAUUUGGCCUCCACAACUGUCCUGGGUGAAAAUGGCUGUCUAGACGAAAAUGUACGAGAAGGCACCAAGCAGUGGAUAUUGAGUCUGUUAAAGCCCAACUCCAAAGCGCCAAGACCUGGAGGAGGAAGAGCAAAGCUCUGAAAAGUGCAAUCAUGAAUUCUGGAGUUGCCAUGAAAUACGGAAACGACUCCUCGGCAGAGCUGAGUGAGCUCCAUUUGGCAGCCCUGGCAUCACUAAAGGGAGACAUAGUGGAGCUUAAUAAGCGUCUGCAGCAGACAGAGCGGGAACGGGACCUACUGGAAAAGAAAUUGGCCAAGGCACAGUGUGAGCAGUCCCACCUCAUGAGAGAGCAUGAGGAUGUCCAGGAGCGAACCACGCUUCGGUAUGAGGAGCGCAUCACAGAACUCCACAGCAUCAUCGCAGAACUCAAUAAGAAGAUAGACCGUUUGCAAGGCACGACCAUCAGGGAGGAAGAUGAGUACUCAGAACUGCGGUCAGAACUCAGUCAGAGCCAGCACGAGGUCAAUGAGGACUCUCAAAGCAUGGAUCAAGACCAGACCUCUGUCUCCAUCCCUGAAAACCAGUCCACCAUGGUUACGGCUGACAUGGAUAACUGCAGUGACCUGAACUCAGAACUGCAGAGGGUUCUGACGGGGUUGGAGAGUGUCGUCUGUGGCAGGAAGAAGAGCAGCUGCAGCCUCUCCGUGGCCGAAGUGGACAGGCACAUCGAGCAGCUGACCACGGCCAGUGAACACUGUGACUUGGCUAUUAAGACGGUCGAGGAGAUUGAGGGAGUACUUGGCCGGGACCUGUACCCCAACCUGGCUGAGGAGCGUGCUCGGUGGGAGAAGGAACUGGCUGGACUGAGGGAAGAGAAUGAGAGCCUGACCGCCAUGCUGUGCAGCAAAGAGGAGGAACUGAACAGGACCAAGGCCACCAUGAAUGCCAUCCGAGAGGAGCGAGACCGACUCCGGAGGAGGGUUCGAGAGCUUCAGACUCGACUCCAAAGCGUUCAGGCCACAGGUCCCUCCAGCCCUGGCCGUCUCACUUCUGCCAAUCGCCCGAUUAACCCCAGCACUGGAGAGCUGAGCACAAGCAGCAGCAGCAAUGACAUUCCCAUCGCCAAGAUCGCUGAGAGGGUGAAGCUAUCAAAGACAAGGUCCGAAUCCUCAUCCUCUGAUCGGCCAGUCCUGGGCUCGGAAAUCAGUAGCAUAGGGGUUUCCAGCAGCGUGGCAGAACAUCUGGCUCACUCCCUUCAGGACUGCUCCAACAUCCAGGAGAUCUUCCAAACACUCUACUCACAUGGAUCUGCUAUCUCAGAAAGCAAAAUUAGAGAAUUUGAGGUGGAAACGGAGCGGUUGAAUAGCCGGAUUGAACACCUCAAAUCCCAAAAUGACCUUCUCACCAUAACCCUGGAGGAAUGCAAAAGCAAUGCUGAACGGAUGAGCAUGCUGGUGGGAAAAUACGAAUCCAACGCCACAGCCCUGAGACUGGCCUUACAGUACAGCGAGCAGUGCAUAGAAGCCUAUGAACUCCUCCUGGCGCUGGCUGAGAGCGAGCAGAGCCUCAUCCUGGGGCAGUUCCGAGCAGCUGGUGUGGGGUCCUCCCCUGGGGACCAGUCAGGGGAUGAAAACAUCACUCAGAUGCUCAAGCGGGCUCAUGACUGCCGGAAGACGGCAGAGAAUGCCGCCAAAGCCCUGCUCAUGAAGCUUGAUGGCAGCUGCGGGGGCACCUUUGCUGUGGCCGUCUGUAGCGUGCAGCCCUGGGAGAGCCUCUCCUCCAACAGCCACACCAGCACAACCAGCUCCACAGCCAGUAGCUGCGAUACCGAGUUCACUAAGGAAGACGAGCAGAGGCUGAAGGAUUACAUCCAGCAACUCAAGAAUGAUAGGGCUGCUGUCAAGCUGACCAUGCUGGAGCUGGAGAGCAUUCACAUCGACCCCCUCAGUUACGAUGUCAAACCCCGGGGAGACAGCCAGAGACUGGACCUGGAGAAUGCCGUGCUGAUGCAGGAGCUGAUGGCCAUGAAGGAGGAGAUGGCGGAGCUGAAGGCCCAGCUCUAUCUGCUGGAGAAAGAGAAGAAGGCUCUAGAGCUAAAGCUGAGCACUCGGGAGGCCCAGGAGCAGGCCUACUUGGUGCACAUCGAGCACUUGAAGUCUGAGGUUGAGGAGCAGAAGGAGCAGCGGAUGAGGUCCCUUAGCUCCACCAGCAGUGGUAGCAAGGACAAGUCUGGAAAGGAGUGUGCUGAUGCUGCCUCCCCAUCUCUGUCCCUAGCUGAGCUCAGGACAGCGUGCAAUGAGAGUGAGCUGGCUGCAGAGUUCACCAACGCCAUCCGCCGAGAAAAGAAGUUGAAGGCCAGAGUUCAAGAGCUGGUGAGUGCCUUAGAAAGACUCACCAAGAGCAGUGAGAUCAGACACCAGCAAUCUGCGGAGUUCGUUAAUGACCUAAAACGAGCCAACAGCAACCUAGUGGCUGCCUAUGAAAAAGCAAAGAAGAAACAUCUAAACAAAUUGAAGAAGCUGGAGUCUCAGAUGAUGGCCAUGGUGGAAAGACAUGAGACCCAAGUGAGGAUGCUUAAGCAAAGAAUAGCUCUGCUGGAGGAAGAGAACUCAAGGCCACACACCAAUGAAACUUCACUCUAA